AUGGCAAAAUGGACACCAGAGACAGCCCGAGCUGGACUCACGCAGAGAGGAACCCGCUACUUGGGAGCGGCGGUUGUCCUGUGGAUGGUGGGGAGACCUUGGGGUUACAACUGCGAAGGUCUCUGGAUUGUGAUCGUGUGCUCGAUAGUCUCGUCCGGAUCAGACUACCUUAAGGUGCCGCAGAGGCUUGAACUCCUCGACCGGCCGGCAGUGACCCAGGACAUGGAGGGUUGUGGUCUUCCAAUCUUGGACAAAUUUGAAAAGAAAGGGAACUGCCUUUCGAUCAACGCUCAUAAGAUGCCCUUGAGACGAGGCUUUCGCAGAUCAGUCCCCAGAGAUCCAAUCACAUGA